CGAGGCCCUUUCAUUUUCACACAGGGCAGGCACAAACCCACCGGAAACGAUAGAGAUAGCAAGGUGCUGUUCAUUCGGGCUGAAGAUGAAAUCCAACGGCUGCAAAAUGAUACUCAUCUUUUCUCUGCUUCUAGACGCAGUCAAUUCCUACAGCAGGGGCAUGGGACUACAUUCAUGUUGGCAGGACUUCAAGCUUAACUCGACCAUUCUUCAAUGCUUAAGUUUGAAGCUAGAAGAUUCAACAAACAGGACUAAUUAUCCCAGUUCUGAAAAGUCACGUCAAUUAUUCCGCGAUUACCUGGAAAGUCUGGAAGAGGUGAUACGGACACGUAUAUUUAACUCCAAGGAAACCAAACGGAAAUACCUGGAAAAUAUUGGACUAGCGAGCAUGUAUGUGAACAGAACCAAGUUGGGUUCAGAGCAGGCUUGGAAUCUGCAUGUGGGGGGUAACGAGAUGCAAGUUCCUUGGAAACUAAUGCAAAAUCUGUCAGAUCUUUGUGUCACAGGCAUUUAUUGUGCCUUUGUCGAGAGUAAGAAACUGGAUCUGCUCUUCACGAGGGGCAAUGAUUUUCUGGAUCAAAGCGACAUCAACCUCACAACCAACGCAGCCCAGCCAGGCACGGUCUUCAGAUUUGGUAGCAACGUGGUCACUGGACUGUUUAACGCCAACACCACCUCUGCAUUCUCACUCCCCAUCUCUUUCGUUUUGCUGCACGCCAAGAACAUAACGGGGAACGGUACGAGAUUGUGCGCCUAUUGGAACCGAGCCAGACAGGUCUGGGCAGACGACGGUUGCAGGACCGUAGAACUCAACGCCACGCACACAAUUUGUAACGCUUACCAUCUCUCCAGCUUUGUCAUCCUCGUAUCCUCCAGCGAGCAGGACCCUGACAUCAAAUACGCACCGGAAAUAACAUUCGGAGGACUGUCUGUCAGUCUGGUGUGUUUGUCGAUUUCGAUAUUCACAUUCCUCAAGUGUCAGUCCAUACAGUCCAACAGAACCACCAUCCAUUUGCACCUGUCCCUGUGUCUGUUCCUGGCUUACCUGAUCUUCCUCGUGUUCGUGAACAACACCAGCAAUCAGGUGGGGUGCCUGAUCGUCGCUGCACUCCUGCACUACCUGUUCCUGGCGGUGUUUGUGUGGAUGUUACUGGAGGGUGUGGUGCUGUACCUGAUGGUGGUCAUGGUGUUCCACAUCAGCAGUCUCCGGGGGCGAUACGUGUACGCAGUGGGCUACGGGCUUCCGGCUGUGCUGGUCUCGAUCUCCGCGUCCAUACAACCCACCAUCUACGAGACCAAGACGUACUGCUGGCUCGCUGCCACCCCCAGCGCGGCCUGGUAUUUCGGCGGGCCUGUGUGCUUCAUCGUGUUGGUCAACCUGGUUGUCUUCAGCAUCACUUUGUGGAAACUGACCCAGAAGAUUUCGAGUCUGGUCCCUAACGCCUCCAAGUUGAAGAAGAUAAGAGCCUUUGUCGGCACUGCGGUCGCUCAGUUAUUUCUCCUGGGGAUUACCUGGAUCUUUGGUAUUGUCCACUUCAUCCGGGCGUCCACCACCAUCGCCUACCUAUUCAUCAUCACCAAUGUCUUCCAAGGAGCAUCCAUCUUCAUCUUCCACUGUCUCCUCAACAAGCAGGUCAGGGAUGAGUAUCGGAAGUGGUUCAGCUUCGUUUGCCGUAGCCAGAGGGCGAAGGCGCAGAGUACCAGCGUGCAGAGCACGUCCAUCCCGCAAUAAAACAAGCCGCGGUGAAGGGCACGAUGGCCAAAACAGUGCAAUCGACUGGAGAAGGGUUCGCUGUUUGCUGCCGGCUGUUGAGGGAGCUUCGGUUGGCACGAAUGGACAGACAAAGACUUCUCGUGCUCCCUCUAAGCCCUCAACGGUCUUGCUCC